UCUUCUUCUUCCUUGUCCAUUUCUCUUCUCAAGUUCCCAAAUCCGGAGUCUAUCAGAAGCACAAUCCAAUCAACGAUUGGCCGAAUUUUCUCCUCUUACUCGGUAUCUUUAGUGUCCCGAUUUGGUGAAGGACACUCUUUCCUACAUAGGAAUUCAGUUAAGGUGAAAAUGGAGGACAUUGAGAACAUGGAAGAAGAUGAGUAUGGCUUCUCAAGAAACUACUUUUUGGCUAAAGAAUUGGGUGGGGCGAGUAAGCGGUCAGCUCACAAGCUCUCUGAUAUUCAUAUUGUUGAUGAGCAGGAGCUUAGAGAAACAGCAAUUGAAAUGAAGCACGCCAAAGAGAUAUCUGAGCUUAUGAGUGAUUACAAGACUAUGUACUCAAAGUGGGUCUUUGAGCUCAGGUGUGGCUUUGGCCUUCUAAUGUAUGGCUUUGGAUCUAAGAAAGCUUUAAUUGAAGAUUUUGCUUCUGCUUCUUUGGACUGAGUAUUCGGUUAUUGGCAUCAAUGGCUACCUCCCU